GCCACUAAAGAAAUAAUAUUAUUACAUUUGAGUUAUCUCAGGUUCUGUUAUUACAAAACAUAGUGAUUUUAUCCUUAGUAGUAAUAUGGGUGGUUUGUUCUCCCAUUUCUUAUAUUUCUCAGAAAAGUUUUCUAUGUGCUUGUCUGCCUUACUCCUGAUUUUGUGUCUAGUCGUUACUCUCUUGGCCAUGCUACUUGUAGGAAUCGGUCUUGGCUACAACUAUUGCUACGUGGGUAACAAGAACAAAACUAAAACAAGAUAUUCACUUACACAAGAUCGACCACAGUAUCCAGGAUAUGGUAAGCAUCACAAUAUCACACUAUUUCCAAGGCAUAGAACACGCAAAACAACGACAGGAGGGGUGCAAAAACGCCAACGAUAUUUUAGUAGUGACCGAUCAGGGUUAACACGAGGUCCUUCUUUGGAAAACCCAUGGAACCACGAAGUUAGCGCAGACCGUGUUGCUGCAAGCGCAACAAUUGUAGAUACUGAGAAUAUUGAUGACAUUGAAUAUAACACUCGAAAACAAUACGCUCAAAAUAGACAAGUUAAUAUAAAAUUAACUAACACAAGUAAUGAAAAUCAAAAGAAUCUUCAACUACAAACAACCAACAUGAAGAAUAAGGAUAAUAUGGUGGCACGAUUUAAACAAUAUGAUGAAAUUGACUCAAAGAUGUUAGAAUUUUUACAAAGUAACGACUAUGAAACAAAUACUUUGGGAAAACAUGGAAUGACAUUAUAUCCAAUCCGACCUUCUGAAAACGGUUAUAAUUCGACAUAUUUGAAAUAUUUGAAACUAAAGACUACAGAAAAAUUGCCAGCGCACGAGGAUACUGAAUAUAAUAAUAAUGUAGCAGUAACAGUAACUUCUAAAAAUAGUGAUUUUAAGAUUACAGACAACAAGAAAAUGUUAACAAUAAGUGGAUUAGAUUUAAUGGCAGUGUUAUCGCAACUGAGAGCUGAAAACCGUAAUUAUUCUUUGCAAAUAUUAGUUUAA